AUGAAUCAAAGUCGUUCUUUUUUAUUCCGUUUCUUUGCAGUCUUUAUUAUUUUCUCCCUCUUUAUUAUACUUUCUUUUGGAUUAUGCUUCCUCCUGGAUAUAUUUUGCAUCUAUUUUUUGUUCAUUAAUUCCAUUUUAACAAAUAAAUUCCUCCUGGGUGCUGGUCUGUAUUCACUUUUCGGCUUAUUUCUGUUCUUUAUGCAACUUUUUCUUUACAUUCUUUGCCUUUUAAUUUUAUUCCCUGUCAUUUCUUUCGCAGCUUUCAUUUACAUCUGGUCUAUUUUUCUUAUAUUUCAUUCACACUUAUUUUCUCUCUUUUCAUUUGUAUUUCAUUCUUUUUUCUUCGUCUUACUAAGUUUCUGUUUCUUUUCCUGUUUUUUGCUUUCUUUUUUUUCUUUUUUUUCUUUUUUCCGUUUCUGUCUUUUAUUUACUGAUAAAAAAAAAACAAAGAAAAAUGUCUUUCUUUAUCUUUUUUCUUUCCUCCGAUUUUCUGUUAGCGGUUGUUUCAUAUUUUCAGUUUAUAUAUCUUUAUUCUUUUCCCUGCACUUCUUUUCUUUGUCUAUAGUUCAUUCUUCUUCUUCUUCUUCUUCUUCUUCUUCUUCUUCUUCUUCUUCUUCUUCUUCUUCUUCUUCUUCUUCUAAUUUUUACUCCUUUAUUCCUUUUGUACCUCUUUUCCGCUGUUUAUUGUCUUUUUCUGUCACGUUUCAACCACUGUUAUUCAUUUUUUUGAAAAACCAAAAAUUCCUUUUAUUUCGCCAAUUCCUCUUUUCUUUUUCUUUUCGUUCGUUCUCUCUGUCUUUCCUUUUUUCUUUCUGUUUUUUCACAUCUUCACUCUUUUUCAUUCUUUUCUUUCACGUCGUUAAAUCUCUUUCUUUCUUUCUUUCUUUCUUUCUUAACACUUUUCUUCUUCUUUGGCGUCUGUUUUACAUUUCUUAG